UAGCUUAGCUUAGCUUAGCUUAGCUUAGCUUAGCAUAGCAUGUAGAAGAAAACGGCGUCGUUUAGUGACCGCAAUCCUGUGCUUCAGAAUUAUAGCGUCCAAGAUUUGGUUACUGAGAACUGAAGGCACGAACGAAGAGUCUCUCCCUCCAGUCCACCCUCAAAAUCCAUGGCGACUUCUCUAAUCUCAUCCCUCUCCACUCCCUCCUCUUCACCUCGCUAUCUGGCUCCAACAAACUCUUCCUUCCUUCAUGCCACCACCAACCUCUUUUACUCUCCUUCUUCUUUCAGAGUUUUAUCAGAGAGGGAUACCACAGCUCGAAGGUCCUUUGUCUCUGCCUCCGCCAAAUCUUUCGACCAUAUUCCGAAACAGUUCAGGCAAGAAAAUCUUAAAGAUGGCUUGAUGGAUAAUUUCAAGAAUGCACCCCAGUAUCUGUAUGGUCUUUCUCCUUCUCAAAUGGACAUGUUCAUGACCGAAGAUAACCCUGUCCGACGUCAGUCAGAAGCAGUGACAGAGGAUAGCAUCUCAUCUUCUCACAACUAUUUGAAUCAUGGAGGUAUGUGGAGUCUUUCAGGCAUGCACGAGAAAGGUCCAUCAAAAUAUAGUAUGAGUGUAAGCAUGUACCGUGGUGGAGGAGCAAGAGGAUAUGGAAGACCCCGUACUGCUCCUCCUGAUUUGCCUUCCUUGUUGUUAGAUGCUCGGAUAUGCUAUUUGGGCAUGCCUAUUGUUCCAGCAGUAACUGAACUUCUUGUUGCUCAAUUUAUGUGGUUGGAUUAUGACAACCCUGCUAAGCCUAUCUAUUUAUACAUAAACUCAUCCGGGACACAGAAUGAGAAGAUGGAGACUGUUGGAUCUGAAACGGAGGCAUAUGCUAUAGCUGAUAUGAUGUCUUAUGUUAAGUCAGAAGUCUACACGGUGAACUGUGGUAUGGCCUAUGGUCAAGCAGCGAUGCUUCUAUCACUUGGAGCAAAGGGUUAUCGUGCUGUGCAACCUAACUGCUCCACAAAGUUAUAUCUGCCAAAGGUCAACCGAUCAAGCGGGGCUGUCAUAGAUAUGUGGAUUAAGGCAAAAGAACUGGAUGCAAAUACUGAGUAUUACAUUGAGCUGCUAGCAAAAGGCACUGGUAAAACCAAGGAAGAAAUCACUAAAGAUAUCCAAAGACCUAAAUAUCUACAAUCACAAGAAGCCAUAGAUUAUGGUGUUGCUGACAAAAUUAUCAAUUCACGUGACAUUGCGUUUGAGAAACGGAACUAUGAUGAGAUGCUUGCUCAAUCAAGAGCUACAAGGCGAGGAGUGGCAGGAGGCAGUCCACAAGCAGCUCCUUCUGGACUUAGGUAGUUGGUGUGAAGCACAAGAAAUCAAAGGCUACUAUGAUAUACCGAGCGAAACAUGCUUGACCUCGUGUUCUCUUGUGCCAUGGAGGAACUGUGGGUUAAAGUUUGGGGCUUUAUUGAACUUCCUAGCUAUAAAGACAUACUGUAAUCCCCAUUUCACGACCAAUUAGUCCUUUUAUGCAUUUACAGUAGUUUUUCUUAGAUGUGGGUACUUUUUGGCAAAGGCUAAUGUUCAAUAUCUUAUGACUUAUCCCACAAAGUGACGUUUUUGUUGCUUGUGAAUAUGCCUAAAAUGAUAGUUAUACUUGACUGAAA